UCGGCUUUUUAUUUAUUCCUACGUGAGCAGACCCACUACACUUCUUGCAUAUAAACAGUGAAAAUUACAAUAUAAAGGGCUUCUUUUUCCUUCGUUUGGAGUUACCUUGCUGCUGGUCAAAGCCUGGCUCGUUGUGAGAGGAAGGGGCAACAUCCUCUGCAGGUAAUUCUACUGCUCUGAGCUGAACACCUCCAAAAAGAAAAGGCUGCAGAGAUGACUCACUGCCCACAUGUGAACUUCAACCAAGACUCUACAACCAAGCCCAGCCCUCUGAGUUUCCCUGAUGCCUCAAUUCUGUCCUAGUCAUACCCUUCUGGGUUUAGUGAGACUAUUUAAGAAGUUAAGUUACCCUCGCUGAAACACGGGGAAGCAACAUGGAAGAAAAUGGCCCCACUGGAGAAAUUUCUGAUUGACGUAAGUGGGGACGUUCCCUUAGGAACAUCAUGUACCAUCUAAGCAGCAGAGCCCCAGGUCAUCUCUUACUCUGUUUAUUUACAUGCUAUGACAAGAAGAUGUGUUUAAGGCUCCCAUAGCCUUGCACCACAAUUCAAUGCUCUGGGAAAAGCAGCCAUAUGGUCUAGACAUAGUAGGUUCAUUUCAGAGUUCACGCAUUCCGAGUGUGGCACUGUCCCCUAAAUGGUACUUUUGUUGUCCUUCUGUUCAAGACAACAAGCUUCUUCUAGGAUCAGAACUGUUUCUUGGAAUCCACUGGCAGACAAGCCCAUCAGUUCUCUUGGUAGGUCAGAUGUUUCAUAAUUAGCCUAACUCACUGGUUAUCUACUCAGUGAUUAUGACUACAGUGACAUAAUAUUUCAACUGCAGGGGAAACAUUCCAGACAGCUAAGUAGCACAGUCAGGCUGGGAAUGGCCGGCAGGGCUUCCUGCAUCAAGAGGAGUGGACCACUACAUCCUGCCUGGCCAUUCUCCUUGUCUCCAUCAUUAGAUACUGCUCUAAAGACCUAAGGGAGAUGUGCCCAGGACAAGUGUGUGGUCCUUCUCCCUCUCACUGAGGCUCGAUGGCCCAGCAAAGUAUGAAAGUGAGGCCCGUGCUCCUAAAGCGAAGCAGUCUGGAGUCUGUGGAGCUUGUGAAACAACCACACCACCGCAGGAGCAAAUCACAACAGGUGCGAUUCAAGGAAGAUGGGAACACGAAGAGUCCAACUGGCGUAACUGAGGCUGAUACCCAAACGCCUGAAGACCAGGGGCUAAUGGGGAAGACACAAGCAUCCCGGCACCAUCACCCUGCCACCUACUCACUGUCUUUCCCCAGGUCCCACAAGGCAGGAGGCUUUCGCAGCAUCUCUAUCCAGACCUCCCCCAGUCUCAGGAAGCAUUUCCCAGUUUUCAAAAGGAAGAAACUCACAACUAGCAAGUCUCUGGUGGAAAUGCCAACAGCCUCCCCAAGUGCCAUCCAGGUCAACGGCAACCUCUCUGAACAGGAUAUUGUGUCCUCUGACCUUGCCUUCCUGAGGCUGGCUCAGCAUCUCGAGGAUGGGCCUCGAAGACUCAAAAUGCCCCACCCAUUUCUCCCUAGGAUGUCCAAGGUGCAAAGCAAUGGGCCUGUUAGCUUCUGCUUGGAAUCUGGGACUUGGAGGUCUUCAGAGAAAGCAACAGCUGCCAUUCAGGUUCCAGAUGAUAUUUGUCAUAGUCCAGGCUGGGAAGCUAGAGAGCCUACUUUCGGCCCAGAAAGCUCAGCUGAAGGAAGCAACUGUAUACCCGCUUUGGUCACCAUGUGCCCAGGGGAUGGGCAAAGAGUGCUGACAUCAGAUCCGGAAAGAUUCCCCUCCUGCUUGAACACCAACAGCAGUGCCAACACCACCCCAGGCACAGGAAAACUCACACCUGAAUUGCUUUUGCCCAAAGAUAACCCUGACAGCAAAGACCUUGGCCUUCUGUCUUCUCAGUCAAAGAAGACGUGUGUUCCCUCACCAUCACGGACUCACAUCGCCUCCGAGCCAGGCUCCCAUAGCCAGCCAGCCCAUGUAGGAAGAACCUCUGAUUGCCCAGCAUUGAGUGACAAUCACCAGGACCUGGAGUCACUCAAAAGUGGAAGUGCAUCCAAGUCUGUCCCUGUGUGUCGGGAGCAUGUGACAAAGCUCCCCAGCCAGUCAGACAGCUUAGACCUCCAGACUGGCCUUGGAAGUGAGCACCUUGCUUCCUCCUUCCCAAGGCACGAGAACAAACCUCAGAGCAGCAGGGAGCUUGGUGGUAAUAAUCACAGUCACCUGGCACAGGGCGAGGAGCUCUGUGACCUCCAAGGCCGGCUGCAAUCAGUAGAGGAAUCACUGCACUCAAACCAAGAGAAAAUUAAAGUCCUGUUGAAUGUGAUUCAAGAUCUGGAGAAAGCUCGCGCUCUCACUGAAGGGAGGAACUUCUAUCGGACUGGCCAAGAUCUCAACAACUGCAGCACCUGUCAGAACACGGCGUGCAUCAUAUACAGCGUGGAGUAUGAUUUCCGGCAGCAGGAAGGCAGAUUCCAUGAGGUUCUUCAGAGCCUGGAGGAGGCAGAGCCAGCUGAGGAAGCUCCUUCCCCACCCACGUCCCCAGCCGAAGCCCCGGUCCCUGAGAAACAGGACUUACGGCGAAAAAGCAAGAAGGUGAAGAAGAAAUGUUUCUGGUGGAUAUAAGAGGAGAUGGGGGAUCCCCUGCCCUCAAGGCCACCCUGCUUCUCUACAAAAGCCCAGGCUGAGGUCCCUUGACCUGUGACAUGGGAGUGCCUCCGAGCUGGUGCACUGUUGGACACCGGGCCAUCAACCUUAGCUGAGUGUGUGCCACUGCUUGCUGAGGAUUUUGUGGCCACUUGUGUGGCCACGUGCUGAGCUGCCUGUCACACACAGCCAGGCCUCAUCCUCCUCUCCUAAGCUCAGAUUCCUACCAUAAGCAAAGCCCCACUGCACUCCCAUCAUUUCCAUGACAACAAGCAUCUCCUCCCCACCCUGAGUUCAUCAACCCCAGAGAAACCGAAAUAGGUGUGUGCCAUGCACUGCAGAAAGACAAAGGUGAUAAGCAGGUAGCCUAGAAAACAUCCCACAAUAAACUAACAUGGUUCUAGGAUUUGUUGUACAAAAGCACAAUAGAACCGAGCAGGUCCUAACAAUGCCAGGUCACCCUGAUGGAUUAAGUUGUCCUCUUUUUUUUUUUAAACUAGUCCUUAGACCUCAAAUCGAGGGGCUGCCUUUUCACAAAGUAUGGGCCAUGCAGGGUGGUAAAGUAAGUUUCAGGUGGGCAUUAGGCACCUGUUGUGUGAUUGUUCUAUGUGACUGAACUCAAGUGACUUUCACGGCCGUGGUCUUUCUGGGGCCACUUAACUGUCAUAUGUCUCUGUAUGGCAAGUGGGAUAUAAACGAGAGGGGCUUUAACUUUAGGAUCCCACCAUCAUUUACCUGUAACAUUAAGGGUCAUGAGACUCAGCAACCUAUAUGUCAGUAUAUAGUAUCAAGCAACAUUAAUAAAGCUGAGCUACAAUACAGCACUUUUUCUCAUCCAUGCAUCCUUGUGACAACCAUGUAGAUAGGCCUAAACAUGCUACUCGACAGUUUCCCUUCCUGGUGACCAGGCUGCCGUCACCUGAUCUAGGAAGAAGUGGGACUGAGAACUGGUACGAAAGCCCCAUCUUCCACAAAGUUUGAGUUCCUUAAGAUCUGGCUCAUUCUGUUGACAAGACCUCCGCCCAUGGAUGUCUGGUCAAGCUUGCAUGCCGAGCAAACUCCUAAGGCAGUGUAAUUAAGUGAUUGCUAUAUACUCGGCGGGCUGAGUCGGGAGCAAGGCUUGGAUUCCUUUGCAUUAAAUUCAGUAUUCUGCCAGCCUGUGAUUGGACUGACACUGUCGAAACAUGAGCCACACCUAAAUAAGGAAGCAUUUUAUAAGCCCCCACACCCCCGCCAAAGACCUAGUGUCUGAGUGAGUCUCUGCUGUGCACGUGGGAUGUGCGUACCCCACUACAAAUUGAGACUAAUUGAGCAAACCGCCCCCAACAAUUUCACUUCCCCAUCACAGUGCUGCAGUGCAAAAGCUAUUUCAGGGAGAGCGAGGGAAAUUUGGCAAGGAGUCUUGGCUUGCACUAUUUAAGUCUUGGGAUGUCAUUUGAGAUGUUCUUUCUCUGUUUCUAGUGUAAUGUUUAAAUCCACGAAGUGAGACCAGAAUAUAUAACAUCAAGUUAGAAUGAAGAUAAAUACACUUGCCAUGCUUAAGAAACCACAUUUCAAUUAGAUAUGUUACCACUGGCCAAAAGCCACAGAUCUUUCUUUCUGUAUCUACACACUCAACUCUCAGUUGGCCCCAGCAAUGGAAAAAAACAGUACAGAGGAUAAUCCAAUAAAGCAAAAUCAUUUGGGAUCUCUUAUGUAAUUUUAUCUUGUAGUGGUGCUUCUGUCUUAAUUUGUUUUGCUUACACUAAUUUCAAAUGAGUUUAUAUUCCACAGCAUCAGGCUGUAAUGAAAAUAUUCUUGCACUUAGAUUUAGAGACCCAGGCAAUAGAAUAGCCUAUUCCACUAACCUGGAGAAAAUGGUGUAAUCGUGUCCUUUUUUUGACUGGGGAGAAGAACGGCUGCUCCCCCUGAUUUCUAAGUUCUGUGUAGCUUCUGGCAGCCAAGGAGCACACACUGUGAGAGCUAGCUCUAGCCUUUGCCCUGGCUAGCCUGGAAAGGUGAGGAGAUACCUGGGGUAGCUCAUGUCUUUACAUACACAUGGUGAGUUAGGGGCCUUGCAUAAACUCUGAACUGAAGGAGAUGAAAUUGGGAUUGGAAAAUGUUGACAUUCCCAGAAGUAAAACAAACCAAGAAUAUGUGAUUCUAAACCAAAGCACAACACCUCAUUGCAUGGCUUAGGCCACUAGCCUACACCUGGAGGGGAGGUUCCUUCUGAUAACUGAAUCCCCAAAGUCAGUAUGUGGGAAAAGGAUUGAUAACCACCAGCCUGCUGCUGAACAGGAAGGCUCAUCUCUACAUGAAAUAAAAACCAUACACAUAUAUACCAAAACUCUAUACUCCGUUACUUGUGUCGAGUACCACUGCUUCUUUGUAAACUAGUGUGUAAUAUGAUCAUCUACAGAAAUGUUAUCCUUGAGAGUAUAUGGUUUUAUGGAAAGAGAUUAAUUUAGCAAAAAUUACUUUUGUGAAAUGGGAGGGACUGAUUCAUCUGUUCAAAUUGCAGGGGUUUAAUGUAGCUGCUCGCUCUAUAGUUAAAACACUCACUAUCCCUGGAACUUAAUGCCAGCUCAUCUGUGGAGCGCCUUCUUGAAGACAAUGUAUCACUGUAAGGUUUUGUAAAUUUCUAAACUAUUUUAAAUGGGAUAUUAUCUUUUGCAAUAAACUUAAGUAUUUUUCCUA